CUGGCAGUCACUAACACCAGCAGUAGCGCCGUGGCGUUGGCGAUGGCGAUGCCGUGACGCGCGCCAUUUUGUAUUAGUGUGUACGGGGGACGCUUACGUCGGGGAUGUUUUCGUGAGUGCCAAUGAAUGGGCCGGGCCCCGUACUGUUCUGAUAUCUCAAACCGUGCGAGGACUCGUCAAGGUGCGCCGGGUGCACGUAGAACUUUGUACGGUGGUGCCGAAAGAGAUAAGUGCGACGGAGGUUGUGGAGUUACGACGGAUGUAUGGCAGCGUUCGGGGCAGCAGCAGCAGCAGCGUCGCGGAUUCGUAAGAAAAGCGAGCGCCGCCAGCAGGAGAGCCGUACAUAUCGUCCAGGUGUGGCACGCCUGAGACGUAUCGUUAAGAAUGCGCACUCCUGCCGAGACGGAAACGCUCUCCCAGCCUGAGACGUUCAAAUUCGAACCUCAGGAGACGGGAACGUCGUCGAGUGUGAAUCAGGUGGUUCUGUCGACUUCCCAACCGGAAGCACAUAUUUUUACAAACAGCAUGCUGUGUAUCCAAGAGGAGUUGGGCCAGCUGAGUGGGAUAGCUGGAGGACCAACUAUCAGCGGUCCUCACGAUACACCAUUGCCGGACGGUAGUCACACGCAUUCAGAAAGUAACAGUAAUUCCAGUGAAAGUGGUACGAAAUGCGCACCAGGUUCAGGUACCUUGGACGCUCAGAGACCCAGCUGGGUGGAAGGGAUUUUGGGGUGCAUGAGACCCGUAUGGAGCAUGCUGUCGAAAGCUGCUGUCAAUGAGAAGAUCAAAGGACAUCAAAAUUCAAAUGUUCGUUUAUCGUAUGCAGCCGAUGACUGGGAAAUUCCAUUUGAGUCUAUUGGAGAAUUACAAUGGCUCGGUUCGGGGGCUCAAGGCGCAGUGUUUCGUGGGACGUUGAACAAGGAAGUCGUUGCUGUGAAAAAAGUGCGAGAAGCACGCGAGACUGAUAUACGCCACCUGAGAAAGCUCAAUCACCCAAAUAUCGUAAAGUUCAAAGGUGUAUGUACUCAAGCACCAUGCUACUGUAUAAUAAUGGAGUUUUGUCCAUUUGGUCCCUUGUACGAUCUGCUCAGAGCUGGAGAACCUGUACCGCCUGCAAGACUUGUUUCCUGGUCAAAACAGAUAGCCGCAGGAAUGACUUAUCUCCAUGCACACAAAAUAAUUCACAGAGAUCUCAAAAGUCCCAAUGUGCUAAUUGGACGGGGAGAAGUCGUGAAGAUUAGCGACUUCGGUACGAGCAGAGAGUGGAAUGAAAUCAGCACCCGUAUGAGUUUUGCAGGUACCGUAGCCUGGAUGGCUCCCGAAAUUAUUCGAAAUGAACCAUGUUCUGAGAAAGUUGAUAUAUGGUCCUACGGAGUUGUACUCUGGGAAUUACUCAGCGGCGAAGUACCGUACAAGGAUGUGGACGCAUCGGCCAUUAUGUGGGGUGUCGGCAAUAAUUCUUUGCACUUGCCGAUACCAGCCAGUUGCCCAGAAGGAUACCGAUUACUCGUGAAGCAAUGCUGGGCGGCUAAACCUCGUAACCGGCCGUCUUUUAAACACAUUGAAAUUCACCUUAACAUUGCCGCGGUAGAAGUAUUGUCGACGAAACCAGAUGAAUACUUUAAAACGCAGCAAACGUGGAAAGAAGAGAUAAGGGUGCACAUGAAGCAAAUGCAAACGAAUAGUUCCAGCAGUCCGAGAUUCGAAGCUGAUUUAAUUCGACGACGGGAAGACGAGCUGAGGCAUGCCCAAGACAUUCGAGAACAUUAUGAACGUAAACUCGAGCGUACUAAUAAUCUUUAUCUUGAGCUAAGCGCUGUUCUACUCCAGUUGGAGCAACGGGAACGUGACGUGAUAAAAAGAGAGCAACAAUCCGGAUAUAAGCAAUCUAAGAAACGCAUAGUACAUCCGCUUUUAAAAGCUCAGGAAAGACUUCAUCGCAGGCGAAAUCCUACGGUGCAAUUCUCGACCUCGUCGACGCCCACGACGCCACCGUCGCCUGUGGAUUCUCCACAGAGUCUCGUCAAGGCCACCUUAUAUACGCAGCUCAACGAAUCGAAUCAACCGGAAACUGUUUUGGCUCCCAGCAAUAGUUUUAAACAGCGGAAGUACAGGCAUCGCAGAGUCGGUUCCGGUUGUGGCGUCAGUUCGAGUCCAAGAUCCAGUCCGCACAGAGAAAGGAAGAGCGCAGACCCAUCUGUCAGAUAUGUUGAUAAUCAAACGCAAACGGACGUAAUGAAUAUUAGUGAAACUGAUCUUAGUCCUGUAGCGCAUAAGGAGUCGAAUAAAUUUACUCUAGAACCGUCCAGGAAGCAUUCGUUCACCAGGACUACGAACGAAUGUCUCAACGGGAAUCCCGCAGCAUCCGAGACUCAUUAUAGGAUGCAGUCUAGGUCUUGUUCCAGUCCUGAGCCUAUCUCCAGUGACAAUCACUUGAAUGGAAACGAGCGUCUCAAGGAUUGUAGCGAUGACGACCACCUCGAGACCCUCGGUCGAAAAGUUAGCGAGAUUCUUAACGCCAAUCGUGUCAUUUCACCCAUCGAUAAUGGGAAUUGUGACGAUGUCACUAUAUCUCACAGUCGAGGAAAAGAAGAUCUGAUGAAGUUGUCUGGUCACUGUUGUGGCGUUAUUAUAACUGGUGCCAGCAUAGGAAAAGACGAGCCUGAUAUAUUGGCAAUAAGGACCUGUCCUGAGACAAUAGACACAUUAUGUGAUCAUGAAGAUGAUGCCUAUGAGGAAAGUUGGUCCGACGAAGAGGGAGAAGAUCCAAGCUACACUUAUAAUUAUUCUCUUAGACGUAGAAGCAUUGCAAGGAGACCGAUUGGACCAGGAUGUCGGACGAGACGAUUUAAGCAGACUUCUGCAUGUAUAGAUGGAGUACUAGCAUCCGACGAGGAGAACACUUCCGAGUAUUCGCAUCCUCCGUCCAGUCAGUCCUCUACUCUAGAAAGCAAUCCAGAAGUGCAAAGAGCUCUUCGGAAUAUUCAUCAUUCGCAUAAGAGAAAGGGAAUGGACGAUGCCUCUGAUACGUCAAGUCAAUCCGAAACUGACGAAAUCAGUGACACCACAAUUGCAUCUCAGCCAGCGAAUGCCACUGUAAAAAUCGAAAGCACGGUAUAGGCUAUGCGGUAGCGUAAUCAAUGAUAUUCUCGUUUACGAACAGUGUAUAUCGUGAGACAAAGUAAUCAUUGACUUUUCAUUGUAAUUGCGUCUUCUUUAACCUGCGAUUUAUAUAAAACUUUGUAGAUACAUCGAUGAUCUCGUGAAUAAUAACGUGGUACUAUAUUCGUAAACGGGAUUCAUUAAGAUUCUUAGUAACCCUCUAGUAAUAAAGUUUAUGAAAAAAUGCGAACAAUUCGUAGCCACAAAAAUUGCUAAAGUUAUAACACUCAUAUUUAAAAGAAGAAAAAAUUAUAAACCAAGUACUCAUGUUGCGUCUUAAAUAAUUUUCAGUCUUCGUGAGCGUUCAGUCGAACCUACGUUGAACUUUGAAAAAUACAUUCCAGAUAUGCUUAUUUAUCUGGACCUUAGUUUGAUGGAUAUUCCACGUGUAACGUUAGAUUGAUUUAGCGAACCUUAAUCAUUGUCUUUCAUGUAAUUAUAGAAGACUCGGGAUUACAAUCUGAAAGAUCGUUUUUUCAAUUUUGCCGAGCAUUUUUUCAUACGCCAGCUAAGUUAUUGCCAGAAUCAGUGAUUAAUGAUUAUUCACCAAUUAUUCACACCAUAAUUAAUCUUUAUCGAUCAUAUGUUGAAUCAACAGUAAUCACUUAGUACGUUAUUGUUUGUUUCGUAUACUGUCAUUAGUAUUAUUGUGUGUACAUAUAAGCGUAAUUUGUAUGAACCUUUUUUUUUAAUCAAUGUAAUACAUUCAUCCAUUGCUUGUAAAAAUAUUCAUUACAUUAUUACGAUUUAGUUCAUCUAAAGUUCCUUUUAGUAAAUACCAUAGUCGGUUAUUAUUGUCAUUUGUUUUCUAGAAUAACGUAUCCACAAUGUGGAUGGACCCGUAAUAAGGUUUGAAUAUUUCCCGAAUGUAUGAUCUUAGUGACAGUCCAUGCAAUCAGUGUGUGUGGUGGAGGAACAAGAUGCAAUUUAAAGAGUAAAAGUGAAAAGUCAUCUGUCUCGAGAUUUAAAGAAAAAUUAGAUCGAACGACUGAUCAUUCACAAAACAAAAUAAUUAACAGUAAGAAUAUUCAAUUACAACUCAAUCAGAAGGAUGUAAUAAUAAUAGAUGUAGCCAAUCCCCAUUGUAUACAAUCAUUGAAUUUUUCUUUCCUGUCUUUUUCCAUUUGCAUGUUUUUCAUUCUUCUGGAAAAAUUGCAUUCGUUCUCCCGUUUUAUCGAUUUCAAUCAACUUUUAUCCACUUUUGUGUAUGUUCAUUUUACAAGUUAAUUUUUAGCAUAUGGUAACUGAACUCUAGAAAUGUAUGGCCAAACUUGUUUACUCGAUAUUUUAUAUAUUUCCUUCAGCACGCGCAUAAUAGAUUGUGCAAUAUUUACCCUUUCCAAUGAUAAUAUUUAUUUAUAUCGGCGGUAAGAUCUUUUUCUAGACGAUCGUACGAGGCAAUUGAAAAUAGAUAUUAGGUGUGUAAUAUAAUUAGGUAUCGAGUAUGCGUUGUAUUGUAUAUUCUUUAUACAAGGAGAGGAAGACAAGAAACAUGAAAGACAAAAAAGGAGGCACUAAAGUAAUUAAUUAAAGUACCUAGAUUAUACUUAUACAAUAUGGUGACAAUUGUUAGGAGAAUUUUACAACAUAAGUGCCUAGCGGCAACAUGCGGUACAGCAAAAAAACAAAGUGUUUAUUAUAGUAAUUAUAUACAACAAAUUUAGAUAAUUUAACAAAAUUGUAAUAACGUGCAAUGUCAAAUUUAACAAUAUUUUCUGUGCAUUAGAAAGCCACUUUCGAAAUCAGAAUAUAAGCUGGCAAAAUUUUUUUCAUAUGCUCAUACGUGGAAUGUUUAAACAAAUAUAAUCAAGGAAUCACGUGAUAGUACGAUAGAUAAAAUGUCAAAUGAUUUUAAUUAUUAUCUACUAUUUAUAGAAUUGUUCACUGCGUUACAUUGGAUCAAUGUAUUGACUUUUUUUUUCUUGAAAAUUUAGAAUUCUGCGAAUAAACACUGAUUUUUAUAGUAGUAAAAUUUAAUUUUACCAGUAAUUUAAUCCUUAAAAAAAUAAUAAAGAACACGUUUUCAUUGUUUUAGGAGACAAUAUAAUACAAAGAAUACGUUAAUUAACGAGUAUUACUAUCAUGCUGAUUCUUUGAGAUAUUAACUAAUGGCAGUACAGUAGCGCGAAAAACGAGAAAUAAAAAUGCGCUAAUUUAAUUAAAGAUAUUCACUCGGAUACCAAAAGUCAUGAUUUGCAUCCAUCAAUUGUACCUGCUUCGAAACUCAAAUUGCCUUAAUGACAAUUCUUAUACAUCUGUAAAUAUACUAGACAAUACGAGUUGAAAAAGGCGGAUGAAUUACGAGCUAAGAAUAAAAGUGGGUGACACAUUGUUGUGGUCAGGCAGACGAAGUAAUUUUUAAGAUGUGUAGAAGCGUGUUAACUUUAUAAUAAAUAAUCGUACCGUAAUGUAUCCACCGUAUUUAUGCGUAACGUUGCAUAAAUCGUUUCUUUCGUGCAGUGGCAGCUAAACCGACUGGUUCUGUAGUUGUUUAAUCGUAGAAGUAGUACACGAACCUUGUGUUAUAUAUACAAUAAAAUUUCUUUACAUAGGCAA